GCUUUGAUGGGCUUAGUAUUAUUGGCCCAACAAUGGGGAACAUUUUAUUCUUGUUGAUCAAGCAUCAAAUUUUUAGGCAGAACAGAGAAUCAAUCAAUCAAUCUCUGAAGAAGAAGAAGAAGAUCUCUGUUUAAUCGAAUAGAGAAAUGCAGGAGCAGCAGGUUUUAGGAGCUUAUAGACAAGUAUUGAAGCUGGUUAGGAGGUUGCCGAAAGACACCAGGCCAUACUAUGCUAAGUACGCCAGAGAGAACUUCGUCAACUACAGGGAAGUAGAACCAGAUGUCUCCGGCGCCGUCGAUGAACUCCUCCGCCGCACUUACACGCAUACCCUCUGGAUUCUCAACAAGUAUUCAGUUGAUGAAGCGGCUGCCAAUAAACUGAAGACGAUAUGCGACAGUUGAAGAAGCCACCUGUUUUUGCCCGCCACCUGUUUGAUAUUAUUCCCCAAAGAGAUUUAUCAUCAUACUCUUGUUUGUGUCUGUCAACCAAACCAAACUUUUUAAGGGGAUUCCGUUCAGCUUAUAAAGGAUUUAUUGUAAUCCUUCUAAAAUAAAGAAUACUUUGUUU